AUGGGGAGCAUUUCUACGAGCAAGCUGGACCCGAAAAAGUUCACUAAGCUGUACUUGAACGGCGAAUAUGUCGAUGCAAAGUCCAUGGACACAUACUCACUGAAGAACCCCAAAGACAACAGUGUGGUUCUGGAAGGCAUUCCUAUUGCAGGAAGCGAAGACAUUGACUUGGCCGUCAGGUAUGCCCAAGCCGCGUAUGAUGGACCGUGGAGAACAUUCAGCGCAAUCCAACGGACAGAAUGCUUUAACCGGUUGGCGGCACUGAUGGAAGAGCAACUGAUUCCGAUCCUGUCACUCGAUUCUCUCACGUCAGGAAACCCAGUGUCGAUUAUUCCCACGCGGGAGAAGACAUACAUCAAGAACGCCAUCCUGUACUACGCCGGCUGGACCGACAAGCAAAAGGGAGACUAUCUCCCCGCAGAUGACGGAUUCGUCAAACUCGUGCGACACGAACCGCUAGGCGUCUGUGCAGCCGUCAACCCGUUCAACGCUCCCGUUGCUACUUUCAUUUUCAAGGCUGCCCCAGCCCUAGCUACCGGUAAUGUGCUGAUCGUCAAGCCAUCGGAAAAGACACCACUGGGAUCUCUAGCACUGGCGCCACUGUUCGAACAGGCUGGCUUCCCUAAAGGCGUCAUUCAGGUCGUCACUGGCGCUGGGGAAACCGGCGCUCUCCUGUCCAGCCACAUGAGCAUCCGCAAGAUCAGCUUUACAGGCAGUAUUCCAACCGGCAAGAAGAUCCAAGUGGCCGCGGCACAGAGCAAUCUCAAACGAGUGACGCUUGAACUCGGUGGAAAAUCCCCCGCGCUGGUCUUCGAUGACUGCAACCUCGAAAACGCCGUGACGUGGACGAUCAACGCGAUCCUAGCACGAUCUGGACAGGUAUGCGUUGCAGCAACGAGGGUGUAUGUUCAGAAGUCGAUCUCGCAAGCGUUCAUCGACAAGUACGUGGAGAAGAUGAAGGCGGCGGCGAAUGACCUCGGCGACCCGCAGGACGACUCGGUCAAGCUAGGCCCAUUGGUAGACCAGUCGCAAUUCGAACGAGUCAAGGGCAUGAUCGAGCGUGGCAAGAACGAAGCCGAGCUGGUUGUGGGUGGCGUCCAGCACGGCGACACAGGCUGUUUCAUCGAACCCACCGUCUUCCUCAACCCAAAGGCCGAUGCUGAGAUUUACAAGAAAGAAAUCUUCGGUCCUGUCUCAAUCGUCAAGACCUUUGAAACUGAGGAGGAGGUUCUUAAGUUGGCCAACGAUACUGAGUAUGGCUUGAUGUCUGGUGUCUUUACCAAGGACAUCACUCGUGCCUUGAGGGUCUCGUCUAUCCUCGACUCCGGCGUCGUUGGCAUCAAUUGCAUCAGUUACAUGAACAUGCAAUCACCAUUUGGAGGAAAGAAACAGUCAGGUCUGGGCAGAGAAAUGGGCGAGUAUGCACUCCGGUCUUUCACUGAGCCAAAGACCGUUUUGAUCAACAUGAACGCAUAG